AGCUGGAGACUGCCCUUGUGCCGAUGACCCUUCCCAAUUCCUCCUAUGUCUUAGAAGACAAGAUGUGUGAGGGAAACAAGACCACCAUGGCCAGCCCCCAGUUAAUGCCCCUGGUUGUGGUCCUCAGCAGCAUCUCCCUGUUCACAGUGGCACUCAACCUGCUGGUGCUGUAUGCUGUACGGAGUGAGCGGAAGCUGCACACUGUGGGAAACCUGUACAUCGUGAGCCUCUCUGUGGCAGACCUGAUUGUGGGCGCCGUGGUUAUGCCCAUGAACAUCCUGUACCUCGUCAUGACUAAGUGGUCCCUGGGUCGCCCUCUCUGCCUCUUUUGGCUUUCCAUGGACUAUGUGGCUAGCACGGCAUCCAUUUUCAGUGUCUUCAUCUUAUGCAUUGAUCGGUACCGCUCUGUUCAGCAGCCCCUCAGGUACCUGAAGUAUCGCACCAAGACCCGAGCAUCGGCCACCAUCUUGGGAGCCUGGUUUCUUUCCUUUCUAUGGGUCAUUCCUAUCCUAGGUUGGCAUCACUUCAUGUCCAAUACCUCGAGGCACCGGGACGAAAAGUGUGAGACAGACUUUUACGACGUCACCUGGUUCAAGAUCAUGACUGCCAUCAUCAACUUCUAUCUGCCCACAUUACUCAUGCUCUGGUUCUAUUUCAAGAUCUACAAGGCUGUGCGACGACACUGUCAGCACCGGGAGCUUAUCAAUGGAUCCCUUCCUACCUUCUCAGAAAUUAAACAGAAGCCAGAGAAUUCCAAGGCGGGCCCCAAAAAAUCAGAGAAGGAGUCUCCCUGGGAGGCUCUGAAAAGGGAGUCCAAAGAUGCCAGUGGUGGACCUAUUUUUAAGCCAUCAUCCCAGGAUACCAAGGAGAAGAAGUCUCCAGAUUCCUUGAGCCAAGAGGAGGAUGGAGAAGCAGCCAAACUCCCCUGCUUUCCACUUGACCUUGUGGAGACACAGACUUCGGCAAAGGGAGAUGGCAGGGGCUGUGAAGCCGUGGAUGAGAGCCAGAGCCAGCUCAAGACAGAGGGACAAAGCCUAAACACCCGUCGGGUCAGUGAAAUAUCAGUGGAUCACACGUUAGUUGAGAGCCAGUCCAUUGGCCGCAUGACAGACUCAGAUACCAGCACAGAACCAGCACUGGGCAGAGACAAAUUGAGAAGUGGGUCCAACCCAGGCCUGGACUACAUCAAGUUCACGUGGAAGAGGCUUCGCUCCCAUUCAAGACAGUACAUUUCUGGUUUGCACGUGAACCGGGAACGGAAAGCUGCCAAACAGUUGGGUUUCAUCAUGGCAGCCUUCAUCCUUUGCUGGAUUCCCUACUUCAUCUUCUUCAUGGUCAUUGCCUUCUGCAAGAGCUGCUGCAAUGAACACGUGCACAUGUUCACCAUCUGGCUGGGCUAUAUCAACUCCACUCUGAACCCCCUCAUCUAUCCCUUGUGCAAUGAGAACUUCAAGAAGACAUUCAAGAAAAUUCUGCGUAUUCGCUCCUAAGGGAGGCACUGAAAGGUUUUGACAAAAUGAUACUUGAUGUCCAAGAAGGAGGUGGAGGAGGAAAGCCUGGCAUUGCCACGCACCUGAGCUUUCUGGAAAGGAGUUGAAAGCACAGUCUUAGGGGCUGCAUUGUGUGGAAAAGUUCUCAGGUACUGUGGGAAGAACGGCAGGUGGUCGUGGUCAGUGCAAAGAUUGGAGUAGAAAGCAGAGUAUUUGUAAGAGAACAAGACCUGGGUGGAGCUGUCCUGCUCUCAUGGGGGAAAAGUGGGAGCCUCUGACUCUUACUGUAAUUUGAGUUUUCAGACUGGAAUUAAUUGGCAACUGAAGGGACACUGGAUAGAGAUCCACUGGAGAGUUGGGACUUUUGCUACAACAGAGCUAGAUAUCUGUGCAAAGACAUGCAAAUAGCUGUUGCCCCCUUUCAGGGGUCACCUGGAGAGGCAUGACAACGGUUCCCCUGUGGCUGCCACUUCUCAGAACACUUCUCUUCUGAGCCCCUUCUACAGUUUUCUCUAGAACCAAGGUCUGAUCCAUGCCGAAGAUUCUGCCUUACUCUUUAUCACUCAUGCAUGUCUUAGAGUUGAUAGGAAGUUAUGCAGUUUGCCUGUCCAUUGUUUUCAACCCAAGAUUCCUUUUGGCUCUUACAAACAUGGUGACAAAAAGCUGCCCUCAAAAGAAAGAGAAAGGAAAUGUUCUCAAGAGUGUAUUAAAAGCAAAACAAAAGAGUAGGAGCAAGAAAGCCAUACUUCUUUAGGGAUGGACCAGGAUUACCUCAUGGAAGUCCCAUGAUACCACAAUAGAAGGGUGGCCUUAUAGGUUCCAGUUCUCAGAGGAGCAAAUGAGGUGAAAUGAGGUGCCCAAGACCACAUAGCUAGUUAUAUGAGAAAGUUAGAAUGAAAAACCCUGGGGGGUUCCAGUUCAUUGUAACACAUUUUUUCCAAAAAAGCAAAAAUGCAUCCUGUUAAGUACACACACAGUAUUCCCAAGAGUGGUGACAAUUUCCAAAAUAAUAUGUUGAAAAGAAGAACAGCUGACAUGGAACACAUCUGUGGCUGCAGAUGACCCUUUGAAGGGACUGUGCAUUUUUUAUCUCUGUGAGUCCAAAAGUUAUCAUGUUCUUUUAUACUUACAUGUAUUAACUAAAAAUCAGCAAAGGUGUGAGAACAUACAGUGAGUUAUAUUUGAUGUUUAUGUUGCAGUCUGGUUGUGAUUUAUGUUUUAAAACUUAAUGUUAAAGUUUAAUAUGUGUAACAAAUAGGGAUGCCUCUGUCCUGUGUUCCUGUUUGCAUGAUCCAUUAAAAUGAAAUGUUUUUACCUACCUAAAUAUGAUGUUUGAAAGGAUACUGUUAUGUGACUGAUUUAUUUAUUUCUACCUUUCUAAGUUUGUCGAACUGAGAAAAUGUAUUGAAAUGCACUGUGGAAUGUUAUAAGACUUGCUAGGGGGUUUCUGGUCAACAUUUGUGAAUGUCUUUCAAAAAGGACUUAUAUUUUAUAAAAAGCUUCAUUCUCAUUCUACUUUGCAUCCUGGAAUAUUCUUCUUGCUCAGAUCGUGGGAGCUUCAGAGACUUUGAUCCUGGUUUCAGAAGUUGCAACAGGUCCACUUCCAGCUUAUAAAUCACUUGCCAGAAGACUCAUGAGAGAGACAGAUGAGAUUGCCACCCAAGGCCCUCUGGAGCAGAGAACACAUAAAAGGAACACUCCACAUAGAUAAGAGGCUAAGUGCCCAUUAUUUAUGGUGAGGAACAAUCCAGACAGCUAGUCGAAAGACAUGCUGAGGAGCUUUGAUUUUGGGUCAAAGAGACCUGGAUUUCAGUCUG